AUGUGGUGUGCCUAUGAGCUUGCUACAUUCUUAAGGGAUCCGAAGAAGCAAAAGCCAAUCCAAAUCAUGCCGGUGAAGAUGGCCGUGGUGCUUUUCCUGUUCGCUGGAUGUGAGGUAUGUGUCAUGAUAGGCUUUUUCUGGAUGCCGGAGUUUACUCUCAGAGACGGCGGCGGGCACUUCUUCGAGCAGCUUUUUUGGUUCUGGCUGUCCCUAGCGCCAUUUGUGCUCCUCAGCGUUCCCGUGACCUUCUACAUUGGCAUCAGCCUGUUCGAGGAUCUGCAGGAGUUGCCUCAGCAAAUGGCAAAUUUCAGCGUUCGGCAUGCUCAGUGUUUUUGCUGCUCCAACGAUCACAGGCAUCCGCAGACAGGAGAAGUCCUGCCUUGCGACCGAGAGCUUAUCUUCGGCACGCUCAAGAAGUGGUACGGGGAGCCGGGCGACGUGGGCACGGAGCAUCUAGAUCGGUUCGACUACCAGGUGCAGGAAAGCUUGGCUCCCACGGUGCUACGCGGAAUGGGCCGCAGUUGGAUACCGUUGAACUACACCGUGUACAUGGUCGGUGUGGCCUCGGUGCCCGGCCUCUCUCGAACCAUUCUCUCCUGGAAAGCCGGGCCGCCCGUGGAGCUGGCGGGCUUCGAUCUGGUGGUAUGGGAAUCGCGCGAGUUCAUGAAAUGGGCUUUCUUGGCUUUGGUGAGCAUCUUCUGGGUUCAGUUGAGUAUGCAUUUCCUCCAUUAUGGCCUUCGUUGGUCGAAGUACCUCACGCGCUUUGGUUGCGCCACGGUCUUGUGGCUACCGGUGAUGUUUGGCGUCUUCCUGGAGUACACCUCUUUCAUGGCAUGCAUCGAGUUCACGGACCACAACAGCCUGAUUCCGGUUAUCGUCUUCGUGGCAUGGUGUAUCUGGAUUGUUUGCCUCAGCUAUUACUCGAACGGGCCGCUUAGGGCCGCGCAGUCCGCCAAGACUCGAAAGUCAAAGCCAGUCUUCAAAGAAGACCUGCCCGAUGUUCAGGUUGAAGUUGUUACUUCUGCAAGCAAGACCGACCAGUCCGAGAUUGUCGUUGAGGUUGGUCCCGAUGACGUCAGCAAUGCGGACACCAUCUCAGUUUUUGAAACCUGA